AUGUCAAGCAAGAUGGACAUAGGUCAGCCUCAACUCCGACUGCGACUGUGCAGCUGCCGGCAGAACGGCAUCCUCGCGGGAGCGAAACCAAAACGUGGCUACUCCCGAUCAUGGAGAAUUCUUGACAAUCAAUCGGAUCUUGCCAAGAAUGUGUUAUGUCCAGCUCAUCGGGGAUGGAGAUUCGUCGCAGGUGUGGGAACGCCAUCGGAAUAA